AUGGAAAAAAUACUGCAAGUGCAUGAACUAAUGCUAGCUGCAAAAGCGUUUAUGGUUACGAGUGCAGAGCUUUUAAAUGACUUAGGAAGUGAUGAAAUUAUUUUUGACGAAAAUGAGCUUAUAAUUUCUUCAAAGAUUGCGAAUGAAAUUUAUGAAAUUAGCCUCAGAGGAGUGAAAAAGUUUAGAGAUGGAGAAAAGAAUGAGCUUAUUGAGAAAUUUUUGGAUAUUUGUGUGGUAAUUAAUGGGGAAUUGCAUCUAGCGUGAAAUAUAAAACAAGAGAUCAUGGAUUCGUUAGAGAUUGAAAAAGAAAGACAAAUUAAUGCUCUGGCUUUAAGGACUCAUAGAAAGUCUUCUGCGGGGUGGGAAUUUAGAAAAAAACUCAACAAAAAUCAUGAGUUUAAUAAAAGAAAAGAGCGAGAUUUCCUCAAUGAAAUGGCUGAGCUGCAAAAGCAAAAUUAUUACCUGUGGGAGUAUAGAAGAUGGCUGUUUAAUUGUUUGCUUUCAGAGGAAGAAAAAGCAGAGGAAGUUCAAGAAGUAAAACAUUUUUGUGAGGGCCAUCCUUCAGAUUCUUCAAGCUUUCAUUAUUGCUUUUAUAUAAUGAACCAUCAGAAAUUGAAUGAUGAGGCUUAUGAAUGGAUUGUAGGCAUAUGUGAAAGGUUUUACUCUGAAAAAGGACUUUAUGAUGGAAUCAGUCUGCCUGGGUACGAAACUUUGCACUUGUUUAGAGCGAAAUCAAGAAAAAAGGAAAAUGAUGAAGAAGAGAUAAAUUACAUAGAAGAGCAAAUAAGGCUUGGCAGAAAUCAAAUUGCAAAAUUACUCAGAUGAACAGUAGAAUAG